CACGUCUGGUUACCUGCUCAAUUCUCAACCAGAUCGGCUCACUCGUUCGACUCUCUACCAGCCAUGACCAUGCUCCAAGCGGCACGAAGUAGAAAAAUUUAGCGUUUUACGUCAUAGACCCCCCCCCUUCCCCAAAAUUCACCGAUCGGACCCCAGACGGGUAUCGCCGCAGCGCUCUCCGAUGGAAAAUCUAACAACAGCAGGUGCUCACGUCAUCACGAUGGCCUCUUCACACUCUGAGGCAUCUGGUUCCUCCUCACCCGCUACAGCCGCUCUGGCCGCCAAGCUCGGGAAAUACUCGACUUGCGAGGUUUCAGAUGCGCUGAUCAAGCUCAAGCUCCCACACGGCGGCCAUCUGCCCGGCAUCGACAUGCUCAGCCCCCAGCACCUUGCACGGCAGACGAGGAUCUGCGGGCCAGCUUUCACGGUGAAAAUGGUAUCGCAAACAGAAGAGUCGGCACCGAAACCGGCAAAGCAUUUCGUCGAUGCGGCCGAGCCGGGGUCCGUCAUGAUCGUCACUGCUCCGUCAAAUUGUCGCUCAGCCAUAUGGGGAGGGCUCAUGACGGCGCGUGCUCAGGCACUCGGUGUGAAAGGGGUCGUCCUUGAUGGACGGUGUCGCGAUCUGACAGAACAUCGAGAUGCUGGAUUUGCGGUGUUUUCCCGAGGUCACUCGACGCUGGGUCAAUCAACCUUUACAAGGCCUUCAGAGUUGCAGGUGCCCGUCGAAAUCAUGGAUCCCACCUGUCCACAUACUAAUUCUUCCGAGCCACACAAUCCCGUAUUCCUACCUCUGACUGUGCAUCCGGGGGACCUGAUCCUCGCGGACGUCGACGGCGUCGUGUGCGUGCCGCCAUCGCUGGCUGGGGAGGUGUGCGAAAUGGCGCAAAGGGGGAGGGAAGUGGACGAGAAGUGCAUGGCGGAUUUGAAAAAAGGGAGGCCCGUGGCCGAGACGUUCAAGGAACAUCGAGGCAAGUAGUCAAGUAUAAAAGGGUAGCCAAUAACCGCGGGCACUCGAAGGGCAAGGGAAAAUGGCACAAAGCUGUGACAUGCGAAAAGCCAGCGAGAGGGUGACCACGCGGGCCUUGUAGGGGGGGGUCUUUAAUCACAUGUGAAGCAGAUGCAAUCCUAGUGCUCCUUGUAAAGCACAGCGGAGUCGAUGA